UAUCAUUGCCUGACUUACCAAGCAUUUUGUUGGUCUUGCUGCUCUGGUUUUUGUUAAAUGUUCAAUAAUGUUAAUCAAUAUACUUUUAAAAUUUUCAGCAUCACAUUUUUUCAAGUUAUUAGAGACUAGAUUUCACUGCAGGAAUUAUGGGGCAGACAGUACCACCACAUUUGGAGGGAGGAGCAGGUGUUGUAAAUGAAUAGUAAAACACAGUUGUCCUAUUUACAGACCAACAAAUCAAAGGAUACCUAUACAUUUUUGAGUUAAAUAAAUGAUGCGAGGUCUGGUUCAUCUUCAUUGCCUUCUACAUUAUUUACUUGAAGUUUUACUGAAGUAUAAAUAAUCAAGCUGACCUGAUAAAUUAAAUGAAAAUCUGGGAAUUUAGAAUUUUCAGGUGAGCUGUGAAAUAAUCAUUGCAGUUGAACCAAAUAUAUUGCAAACUAAUACUAGGUAAUUUCACAGGUCUCAGUCUGUUUUGCACUGCUCAACUUCUUGGAAUGCUACUCAUUAUUCUCAAACAUUUCACUGCAUCCAGUUUGCUUGCUUGCUUGCUUUCUUUUCAAAUUUCCCUUCUCUAUAUACCUUUGUUUUCAUUUUUAUUCUUUAAAUUCUUUCUACUAGUAUCCUAUCUGUACCCUCUCUUUGCUAUCUGUGUAUGCUUCCCUAUCUGGUGCUAAAUUUAAGCUUUUUCCACUCCAUGGGACUUGUUAAAUGACCUACAGUUUCCUGACCUCAAUACAAUGUUUCAAUACUGGAGUAAGCAAAGACUCCUUUACCUCCCUAGAAGGCAUGAACUUUAAUUUGAAAAAGCAUGUUGAUGUAAGUUGACAUUAAGCUUUGCUAAUUAACAUUAACUAGUUUUAUUUAACUAAGUUAGCCUGUUUGUUAAUGCCAGGUUAGAUGAGAUUUGACCCCAGUAGCUAACAUAAUUGGCUAAGCAGCAAGUCAAAUUCUAGCUAAUAGUAAAGAGAGGAUAUUUACAGCAAACUACACUAUAUGGCUUAAAGUAUGUGGACACCUGGCCAUCACACCUGUAUGAGCUUGUUGGACAUCCCAUUCCAAACCAUGGCAAUUAACAUGAACUUGGUACCCCAAUUUUGUGCUUUUAAAAACCUUCACUCAUCUGGGAAGUCUUUCCACUAGAUUUUGGAGUGUGUCUGUGCAGAUUUGUGCUUAUUCAGCCACAAGAGCAUAGAAGUUGGGCAUUGAUGUCAAGUGAGAUGGCCUGGGGUACAGUCAGCAUUCCAAUUCAUAACAACAGUGCUCAUUGUGGUUGAGGUCAGGGCUUGGACCACUCAGUUUCCCAUAUCAACCUUGUCGAAUCAUGUCUUUAUGGACCUAGCUUUGUGCACAGGGCCAUUGUCAUGAUGAAACAGGUUUGAGCUUUUUAGUUCCAGUGAAGGGAAAUCUUAAUGCUACAACAUACAAAAGACAUUCUAGACAAUUGUGUGCUUACAACUUUGUGGCAACAGUUUGGGGAAGGCCUAGAUAUGGGUGUCAUAGUGUAUGUACAUUAGUCAUGACCAGCUCAUAGGAAAGCAAACUGUAUUGGUAGUGUUGGUAACCAGAAAAAAUGGCAUCUUCUAACUUUUUUAGAUAAGUAAUCAAGGUUAUGUUUCACAUGAAAACGUUUAAAAACAUGUACUUUUACUUUUGCAUACUUGAAUACAUUUAAAAGUAACAAUUAAUUUUGUUGGCUGGAUACAUUCUCUUUUAAACUGAGUAAAUUUUUUUAACGCCUCAAUCUACUUUUUUUUUUCCCACUACUGCAUUUGUAACCUAGUCUAUUUAUGGAAAACAUCAGUGAGACUUUAUCAAUGAAUGAUGUUUAUAAUGGAAAAUGAGUAACUCUGAUCAUAAGAUUCAUCCACAUCAGUCUCUCUAGUCUUAUCUGAGUUAGAUCUGGCAUUUGAUGACUGAUCACUGUCCAUUCUUACAUUUGUGCUGAAAUAAUGGUUGAUUAAAUCAGAUGUUUAUUCUGCUGGCUAAAUUUACCAUUUUUUAUUAAAAUAUUACAAAUCUGUCUGCCAUAUCUACAGUGAAAGGGAUGGCAUGUGCAUCACUUAUCAUCUUCCGGGUUGGCGGCCAUUUUGGGAAUAGCACUUCCUCUGGCAGCCAUUUUGUAUCUCCAGCACUAUAUAAGGCCUCAACCAGCAUGUGCUCAUUGCCAGAUGGUCUCCUCGGUUUACCUCGCGUGCCUGAGUAGCUAUCCCACCCUGUUUCCCGUGUUAGUCUACCUGGUUUUGACCCUGCCUGUCUUCGGUAUUUCAGUUAAGUCUGCCUUGCGUUAUCGUUUGUCUGCCUGUCAGUUUUUGGAUUAUUUGGAACUGUUGCACUUGGAUUUCUGCCUGCUCCUUUGGAAUUGUCUGCCUACGGAGAUUAGCCCUGCUGCCAAUAGUGAAUCAGCCAUUAGCGCAUCUCCACCUCUAUGGGACUCUGUAAUCUGUUUCAUACAGUUCGUGUGGAUAUUGAGUUCCCUGUUUGUGAGUAAAGACUGUGAGCCUGCAAUUGUUUAUCUGCCUGUUGCUUCGUCCUUUGCAUCAAGUCUGCCGCCAUUGGCUGUGUGUAAACUGUUGUGCUCAUUAAAGACUCUUAACAUUGAAUCUUUGUCCCCGUUCUGCAUUUGGGUCCGACUCCGGUUCUAUGACAGUACCAUCUGGCCAGGCAUGGACCCAGCGAAUGCUCGGAGUUUGCAAGCGCUGUUCCAUGUCACCACCACUUUCUUGGGGUUCAUACUCUCGGCCAGUAGCAUACAGAUGGACCCUGACUGCAUAAAAGCAGUCAAGGAGUGGCCACACCCUGAGACUCGGAAACAACUUCAGCAGUUCUUGGGCUUCACAAACUUCUACCGGAAGUUCAUCAGGGGGUACAGUACAGUCGCCGCGUCCCUUCACCAGCUCACCUCAUCCCUCUGUACGUUCACCUGGUCGCCGGAGGCGGAGCAAGCCUUCCUUACACUUACAGACCUCUUCACAACAGCCCCUAUCUUAACCCUGCCUGACCCGAUGCUCCAAUUCAUCAUGGAGGUCGACACCUCUUACCUCAGCAUGGGGACCGUCCUGUCUCAGAGGUCCCCUAAGGACAACCAAGUGGGGUUAUGGUGAAUUUGUACUGGGAGGUGUUUGGGGAGAGGAGUAAUGACUGAGUUGUGUUGUUCCAUAUAUAUUUGCGAUCUCUUUCUCUCCCUCUCUCAGUGAGCUGAGUGUAUGUGAGCAAAGCAAAACAAGAAGCAGCAAACAAGCUCAAAAUUUGCAGUUAUUUUUUUCUGAAAAGCUUUACAUUACUUAUUUUUUGGCCACUUGGCAGAAUUCAGGCACAGCAGCAUCAAAUGGAUUUUCCCAGGCUGCCCUACAUAUGUGGUCCCAUAAUGGAAUGGAUUUAUUGAUAUCGCUUGAAGAAGGAGGAUUAAGGAUUUUGUCCUUGAACUAUCUUUUGACUAAUGAAGUGUAGAAGUAUCAUAGAUAUUAAUUUAUAGGUCUUAUCCAGCUAUAAGCUUUAUUCAAAAAUUAUAAAAAGACAGACAUUAAAUGUACAUUUUGUCAGCGUCCGCCGGGAAAAAAAGCUCUUCUAUUACUUUGACUAAGCAAUACUUUAGUCUGAUCUUCUUAGUUUGAUAAUCCUUAGUACAAGUAUAAGUUUUUUUUAACAUUUUUGAACAUGUAUAAAUCUGUCAAAAUAAUACUCUACGCUGUGCACUGUUGCUGCUGACAUACUAUUGUUGAGUAAUUUAGUAGCAUAGUAUUGGGAAUUUGUGGGUUUCCUGGGGUUUUGUUUUUUUAUUUUAUUUAUUUAUUUAUUUUUGAUUACUACAGACUACUGUUAUCUGGGUAUGGUGUAUUUACUUUCUUUCAUACAGGUGCAGAACAUGGGUGCUACCUCUGAGCUGUAUUCUUUGGGAUGUUUGAAUGCUUGAAUCCUUUCUCAGAUGACAUGAGGCUUAUAAUGUACAUGCUGUACAUCAUAUAAAAGUACUUAUAUUGUACCACAGGGGUUCCUAAACUUUUUGGGAAAGCAACCCCAAAUGGACAUAAUGAAUUUUCUGUGACUCCCAAGCCUUAACCACCCUGCAAGUCCCAGAUUUGUACCAUUUGAACAUUUUAUGAUGAUAGUAACAUACAGUGCCACUAGAAAGUUUGUGAACCCUUUACAAUUUUCUGUGUUUCUGCAUAAAUUUGACCUGAAAUGUGAUCAGACCUUCAUCUAUGUCCUAAAACUAGAUAAAGUGUUAUCUAGUUAUAAAAUUAAAUUAAAUUAAAUUAAA